AUGAGCAGACUGUAUCACUAGCCUCAGAUGAAAAUCAGCAGUCAACAGAAAGAAGAAUAGCUAGAUGAUGAAGCAUUUUAUGAUAAAUUCUGUCUCAAUGAUUCUGAUUCCUCAUUAGCUUAGAGCUUGAGAUCCUAUUCUUUUUCAGAAGUUACUCAGUCAAGAUAAAUUGAUUAAACUAAAUCGUAUAUAUUACAACAUAAUGGAGGAUCAUCCUAAUAAUCGCGAAGAUCUCGAGUUAUGUCUAGCAAAAGUAAUAAUGAAUCUAUUACAGAACUAAGCCUUGACCUGAGUGAUAAGUCAUAAAUAUUCGAGUAUUUGGUAAUGGAAGAAAAAGAAUCAAAGCUUUUAUAUUCAAAUGACAAAAUGUCAAGCGAGAUGCUCUAACUCAGUACGAAAUCCUCCAAAUAUUAAUUAGAUUGCGGAAUAAGUUACUUUUUUCAAAUGGCAUCCUUGAAUACAAGUACUUAAUUAGAUACUCAAAAAUAAUUUCAUUACUCGUAACUAAUGAAGCACUUUCAACAUCGAGAGAAAGUGACAUCUUUCGAAAAUAGAGAGACAGUAUUAUAGACUGGCGCUAAUAGUUGCAAAAUGUUUAGAAUGAGCAGUGGUAGUGGUCUUGCCACCCUGAACUAUAAAAACUUGAUAUAAUGUAGAAAAGAUUCUAUCAAGGAGGUAGAUCUUUGCUCUAUUCUAACUCCAAAAAUAGAGGAACCAAAGCCAAUUCAUUAUAGACAGUUUACAAAAACCAAUGAUAACUUAUAGACUAAGUCAUCCUUCAUUCUCCUUGAUGGUUGCAAUAAAUUCAAUACAAAUGAUUAUAACUCUAAACUAAUCGUGAAUAUGUGUGUCAUGUUAGAAAAAUGA